AUUAUGGUAAAAUCUUUGUUUACUUCUCGACUGGUCUAAUCUCGUGCGAGUGUUUUUGUUUUCAUAACUAGAAUUUAUCGUGUGAUUCCAUUUAUUAUUGUUUAUUUGUGUUUUCUUAUUUUCGUGGUUACUGAAUAUACCUAGUGUGGACAGCGUCCUUUAUAGCUUCGAAAGAAAACUGCUAUUGGACAUAUCAUAAUUCUAUGAGUGGAUGAUUUGUAAAAAAUAGUUAAGUUUGUGUUGUGUUAUAUUAUGUAAUAAUUGAAGUGAACAGAAGAUGAAUUCUACUCCCAUAGAAAAAAUCUUAGAAGUGGAUGAAAUAAUUGGAAUAUAACAAUUUACGAACAAAAUAAACAUUGUAAGCGACACGUGGGCUUCGGUGAAUUAAAAUCGAUAAAGACUUGCGUGCGCCAGUCUAUCAACGACACGAGUCUACAUCAAGGUCAAACUAUAUAAACACGUGCAAUGUCGGAUUCUAUUUACAAUCAAGACUUUCUUUUUGAUCCUGGUUUUGAGAUAAAACAGGAAUCGCCCUAUGAAUUGGGCUCAACUAUGUCUGCAUCAGUGCCUAUACCACAGAAGCGUUCUGAUUUCGAUUUGAACUCUGAUUUUGACCUUUGCUUGCAAGACAACCAAGGAGGCUCAUUUCACAGUGUCCCAACCCUGCCUUACAACAAAUUAACUUAUGAUGUUGACAACACAGCUAAGCUAGACACAUUUAAAAUGGAAGAUGAUGAUAUAUUUCAAGUAGACAAGGCUGACCUAGUCUUGGGUCCAACUUUGGCUGAAUUAAAUGCAAAUCCUGACACCUCCUUGGAUGACUUAGACUUUGCAGAUCUGUUGAUGCCUGAGGAGAAUGAGUACUGCAUCCAAAUAGGUGGAGCCAUGACAGGAUCGCGCAGAAUUGUGAAUAAUUAUUUAAGCAAUACAUCUGCAGUAUCAACAGGAAGUCCAUCCAGUCCAUAUCAACAUAGCCAAUUAGCAUUUUCGCCAUCAAGUCAACAGAGCUCGGCUUCGUCAAGUUUUGCCCAACCCGUUAACCAUUUUCCAGAGAUGUUGAUGGGUAUGGAUGGCUAUAGUAGGGAAAUUUCACUGGGACAAUCAGUACCAGCAUCAUGUGUUUUGCCCCAUUAUCCACUUACUGUGAAGACACAGCCAACACAGCUUUCAUCAUCAGCUCCAACACAGUUAACUAUGGAACAGAUAUGGCAACGCCGUGAGCCAAGAAGACACCUUUUAUCCACAAGCUCAAUAGCUGAAGCUGGCUCUGUGUCAUCUUUGUCAGGAGGUCUACUCAGUCCUGGAACUAUAGACUUUUCACAAGAUGAAGAUGACAGGGAUAAUGAAUCAGAUGAAGACAGUGAUAGAUAUGAAGAUCUUUCAUCAGAUGAAUCAAAUGAUGAAAGUCAUGAAAAGAAAGAACCACGUCGGAACAUCAAAAAGGAAAGAUUCUUCUGGCAAUAUAAUGUUCAGGCAAAAGGACCUAAAGGACAGCGACUUAUAUUAAAUAAAAAGUCUGAAGAUCCUCAUGUGCUAAAUUCAGUUACUGACCCAGUUUUCAGUCCUAACUGUAAUGUUAAAGGCAUAAAACACAGUGGUAAGGCAAGAAAAGGUGAUGGAAAUGACCUAACGCCCAACCCAAAAAAAUUAUACCACAUUGGACUUGAAUUAAAUGAUUUGGGAAAAGUAAUCAACGAUAUGAUUCCAGUUAGCGAGUUACCCUUUAAUGUUCGACCCAAAACGAGAAAGGAGAAAAAUAAACUUGCUUCCAGAGCUUGCCGAUUAAAAAAGAAAGCACAACAUGAAGCAAAUAAAUUGAAACUUUAUGGCCUACAACAAGAACAUAAACGCCUUUUAAAUGGAAUAAGUCAAAUGAAGCGAAUAUUGAGUAACCGGAUUUCUAUGUCUGAUAAUAAUGUGGACUGGAGUUCACUUAUCAAUAAAGUAGUCGCUAAGGCAACAGAGGUGCAAAUAGCUGGAACAACAUCAGAAUUUGUAAACAAAAUAUUAGAGAAUGUGAAAGCUGGCCAAAGCAACGGUGGUUUGAAGGGAAUCUAAUUUCUAUUUUAUUUACAAAUUUGUGUAAUUAUGAACGAAAGGCUGUUUUAUGUACCUCCAAAGUUAUUUAGAAAAGAAACAUUUCUAUUUUAUUAAAGCUUAGUUGUUGUCCAAGACAAUUUAUAAUUUUUGUAUGAAUGGAUAUAACUAACAUCCAUUGUAGUCAUUAGUAAUUUCAUUAAUUCAGGCAACUAAGGUAAUGUCAUAUUGUAUUAAUUAAUCAAUUCAUUUACGGUUUCAUGCCAUAAUAUACUAAAGGUUAUAUUAUAAUAUUAUUUGUAGCUUGUAGUAGAUUUUAGAAUAAUUUAUGAUUUUAUCUAUAUAUGUGUAUUUAGGAACUUAUUUUGGCAUAUAAUAGUGUUGUAUAUAUAUAUGAUGUAUUAGCAUUGCAAUAGUAUUCCGAGCAUGGAAGAUAUAGUAGGUACUGUGUCCAUCUAUAUGUUUAGAUGUAUUAUAGGCACUUACAACUCAAAAUGAAAUGCCAAAAUGUAAAAUAAUAAACUGUUCUGGUAUAAUAUUAAGAGCGCUAUUUUGUAUUUUCCAACAGCCCAUAUUAAUUGAAAAAAAACCAACUCUACAGUAAUGAGAGUGUUCUAACAUUAUUAAAAUAUGAUAUUUAUACGUUUUAUAUGUGCACAUAAAAAAAACAACCCUUAUUAAAAAUGUAGGGAUAUGAAUUACAGGACAUAGGUGAUUUGAAUGUAUAUGAAUGAAAAGUGAAUUUAUAAUGAAAGGCAACAUUAAAGGUUAAGAGUUCAUUUAAAUGAUCUCAGUCUGAUUUUAAUAAGGGUUAUUAUUUAGACCUAAGGAGCAACCAAAUAGGAAUUAUAGUUUUAAAUAAUCGAUUUAACAUUUUUAAAGUAUCAGAAUCAUUUAAUCCCAUAGGGAUUUUAUAUUUAGCUUAAGGUAGAUAAACUUAGCAUAAUAUUAUGUUAACUUGCGUGGUAGAUAAUAUUUUAUGUAGAUUUCAUCAGAUAAUCGUUGCUUUUAAACUUAAAUGUGUGCGUCUAUUUCAAGGGCAUAUUUAUCUUAAGUGCCGUCUCUUAUUCAAAGAUCAACUAUAUUUAUUAUAAUUAAAAUUAUACAAAAUAUUAGUUUUUGACAGAUUCUUUAGAGGAAGAUACGAUUGGUCCAAACUAGCCGAUACCUACACCGAUUAAACGUGAGUGAAGCCAUUUUAAAUAUUAAUAUUACUAAGAAUUAUCACCUCACGAAAGUUCCAAUACUUAAAAUAUUUUCUGAUAUUUAUAUAAAAGUGGAGCAUAAAUUUUAGGUGGUAACAAAAAGUUUUUACUCCACUAAAGAAGAAGAUUGUCGCAGCACAAAAUAUUGUGAAAAUUUGUGAAAGAAUUGUUAUAUCGGCUUCUACUAUGUAAGAGCCUGUGUACACUAACAACCUGUUAUGACGGCAAUUUUGAUUUGACGUUUGUCUGCUCACGAAUUUUCAUUAGAAUGAUCAAAAAAAGUUAGUUUAAAAGCAGUCUCCACAUAAUCUGAAUAACACGGCAGUAUUAACUCGCGAAGUUUAUAUGUCCAAAGUACGAAAUAUACUAGAAUACUUGGUGUUAUCAAUUAGAUGUAGGUAAUAAUUAAAGUAACGUGCUAAAAUACUCGUUAUUGGAAGUUAUCAGAUUUGUUAUAAUUUGUAUAUUGAUUUUACGAUUUAUAAGUACCUGCGCUAUAAAUUAUUGUAGAUAUAAAUUGAUAGAUUUUUUUAGCUUUAAUUACAUUUCAUAAACAUACAAAAAUAGGUCGCUUGUCUAUAGUUAUGGUGCAUGGUCACCCAUAUUAAUAUCGAAUAUAUUGAUUUAGAUUAGUAACUAUAGGAUAUGAAUAUUUUUAUAUAUAUUUUAUAUAAUUGGUACCUACCUACUUUAUCUAAAAUAGAUCAUUUAAUAAAUAAUUAUAUUGGUGAUAGACAUUAUUUUUAAUCAACAUAAUUUACUUUUAAACAUAUUAUAAGUCCGUCAACUUAACUCGGAACCUGGCAGAUGACAAUUCUAGGAAGUACGGUCAGCAAGAAAGACUCAACAAAAGCGUUUAAAGUCAAGUACGUCAGUAAAAAUAGAAUUAAAUCUCGUACUAAAUUUCCGAUCCAAUUUUUUAUAGCAUAAGAUCACAAAAUGCUGCGCGAUCCAGAUUCCAGGAGCUCUUGAAAAAAAAAAGUUUUUGGCCAAUGUCUCGGAAAGUAUGCCCUUUAUUAAUAAAAUUCGCAUCUUUUAUUUCCUGUAAAACUAACGAUUGUUCGGCCGAAAAUUCUUAAAAUAUUGGAUUAAUCAGAAAUGCAUCUAUCUAAUUCUAUAGAUCAGUUUUUUCUCUACAACUUUUGUUUUAAACUUUUUUGUAAUGUCCAUACUUAUUGAGAUAAGUUUAAUGUUGGACUACCGAGCGUAGUCGAAAAUUUCAUACAGUAUAAUGUUUCAAAUUUAAAAAAUAUCCCGACCGUUUUUCCUUAAAAAUUUAUAGUUCAUUUCCUAAUGCUAAAGCCGGACCUGCGUCUAUCGUAACGAUGCAGAUAAUUCGCGCAAUGGUACAAUCUACGCAAAUGUAACAGUAAAAUAAAUCAAAAUCACUUUAUUCAUGUAGGUCACGGAAAUGACACGUAUGAAUGUCAAAAAAAAAUUUUUUUUUCUUAGUGAAUCUUCUGCUACUUCGUAAAGGGUUGAGCUAAAGAGAAGAAUUAGCAAGAAACUCAUUGCCACUCUUUUAAAUCAUGAUUUAAAUUUUCAUCGUUUUACAAGUAUUCCAGCAUAUAACAUAACAUUCUAUUAUAGUCGCCAAAACGUUUAGGAAGUUGUGUUGUGGCGAUCUUCAAUUACUGCACGAUAAUUCAUUUAAAAUUACGAAGCCACUAAUCUGACCACCGUUAUACGCAGGUCCGGCCCUAGCAUUACCUGCAAUAGUAACGAAUUAUAUAUAUAUAUUAUAUUUAUAUUGCGUUCAACUAAAAUAUUUAGUAAUUAUUAUUAAUUAUGUUCGGAUGGUGGAAUAAAAUGUAGGAAAACGAGCUUAACAGUGUAUUAAUGAAUAAUAAUCUACUGGUGUUCAGUGUGUUAACGCUACUAACAGUACGACGGCCGCGGCGGGUUGGGGGACACGGAGAGGGAGAAUGGUCGUUCCUCGACUCAGGUCCCGAGUUAACUUGUGGCUUGUACAAUCUCUCAUUCAACUUAGUAAAUAGAUUAAAGGAGUUGAAACUUGAGAAAUAUUUUAAGAAAUUUGAAUAAAUACAUAUAAAAUUUGGCUUACAUUAUCAAUAUUAUAAAAUAUGUAUUUAUCUACUAUAUGAUAGGAGUCCUAAAAAAUGAGACUUCUUAUUUAUAAAGUUGUCAAUAAUAUGUUGAAUAUAUAUAAUAUUUUAGCAUUUAUUUGUUGUAACUCAAAUUGUUAUAAAUCCUUUGUGAUUUUUUUUAAAAUGAUGAUGCAUGUUGUGCAAUCCUUUAAAUUUUUUUUUAUCUAUACUUGAUGUUAAAUUUGUAUAUUUUUUCUAAUAAUAACAGGUAGGUUAUCAUAUAUAAGUGUGAAUAUCAAGCUAAAUCUGUUAUUUUAUUAUAUUAUUAUAUCUGGAUCACUUGUUGUACUAUAAAUAUUUAUUUGUUAACCUUUUAUUUCAGCCUAAGUUUGUAACAAAUCAUUACAGGUUUUUUUUUCUAAUAACUUUGACUGUUUGCGAUUUCACAGGCUGUGCUUUGUUUUAAAUUUUAUAUUAUGUUUAUAAUUUUAAUAAAGAAUUUAUGUCUAAAGAUUUACUUGUUAUAUUAGUUACAAUAAAUAAG